AGAUCCCUGACAAAGAAAAGAAAACAAUUUAUAACAAACACUGAGUGUUGUGAAAAAAGUACUUAUGCAGUACAGACUGAAAAUGCUAGGCAUCUAAUUGGUCUGUAAACUGUAAACUGUCACAGUCUGGUGCACAUAACUGAACAAAGAAUAAAUGGUAUGUAUAUUUAUGCACGUACAGUUCAACCAAAGUUCACAAGUGCCAGUUCCACCCAGACACUUUAAGCCAUGCGCCAAUAGUAACAUGUCCUGACAGGGGUAAAUGUAGACUUAAGUUCUUGACGGUACUACUACCCAAGCCUAGAGCUUAGAUCGGGCCCAAAAAAAUCCAGCCUGACCCCACCCGAGCCUCUGCAUGUUCUGUCCGGGCCCGGCCCGUCCCUUUAUUUGUAAUUAUGAGCCUGAGCCCGGUUUAAACCCGACAUUUUUUUUAGGAUACGAACGUGGACAUUGAAGGCUGACUCCUGUCUUUCUUUCCAUGGCAAGCCUUCGUCAUGUGCCUCUUAAGUGUCGAGGUCCCCGUCUGUUUGCUGUCAUAUACCAGCAUGGUGCUGCACUCCACCAGAUGUGAUAAGUAGUUGGUUCCACAGCCUAGGUUUAUUAUGAGGAGCCCAACCCGUCCGAGCCCGAGGAUCGCCGGGAGGGAAAUUACGGCCCGGGUUCGGGUUGGCCAGAGAAUCUAAGUUCUACUUAAGCCUUCAUCGCUUGACAUCAUGUACAGCAAAUGAUUUAUUUAAACGGUGAAAGUGCAACAGAAUAAUUAUUGAAUGUUGAUGAAGCUUUCGAAAUCAUGAACAUUUUGUUUUGUUUUAAAAAAACAAAACAAAAUCACAACUAAACUCACUGACAGCAGUUGAACAGUUUUCAAGUCUCUGCCUUUUAAUAUUCAGAACACUGGGCACACAAGAAACAAUUCUCUACGAGUAAAGUUACUGAAUAUUUGGGGACACUGCGCUGUUAAAGAAUGAAGUUAUUGUAUAUUUUUGAAGAUUCUCCAAAAAGCACAUUUUCUAAAGUAAGUAUUGCAGGAAAUUGUAUAACCAACUAGAGAAGCAAUUUCUGAAGAAAUUGCGGGUGUGAAUGCUACAAGCUGAAGCCACGCUGCAAUGCUGCCUUGAAUACAAUAAAGUUUGAAUGAUGUGAAUGUUUGAACGUUUGUUGAAAAGCUGACGCCACACUGAAUACCUGCCUUUAAUAAAAUAAAGUUUGAAUGAUUUGAAUCUUUGAAUGUUUUACUGAGAUUUAUGAAAUCCAAUAUGGCUGCUGGCUAGUGACGCCACAAUAUGCAAAUUAGAAAAGUUAAUUUACUCCCAUCACAAACUAUGGGUCAUGAUGAAUAGUUUUCUAAUUUACAGUAUGCCUUUUUUUCUCACCACUUUCAAGCGACGGCCUUUUGAAAUGUUGAAAUGAAAAUGGAAUAUUUUCCUCAAUAAACUCUGGCACCUAAAGGGUUAAAAUGGAGAUUCUGCCCCUGUCAUGUCUGCAUUUAAGAUGUAGACACGCACACACAUCAUGUUUCUGUGAGUGUGUAUGUGAGAGACAGACAGAACACAGAGAAGAGACUUCUUUUAGUGGAGAUUUAACUCCUCAAACAAGUUCAUUUUAGUGCACCUAGGUGGCGCUAGAGAGCCCAUUUUGGCACUUUAGGGGUUAAUAAUGUGUAUUUGCUGUUUCAAAUGAAGUUUCUGCUGCUGUAAUCUGUCCUUUAAAGAUUGUGAGACAGACAGACAGACAGAGCUGUGUGUGCGUGUCUGUGGGUGCAGCCGUUGUCAUGGCGAUUAAUGACUUGCCUGCAUCUGAGGGGCACACACAGAGCUCAUGAGAGCGCAGAUCAGCAAAGGGUGUUUAUAAUAGGUUUGACCUCCUCAAAGAAGUUCUUCUGAUUCCCAAACCGUUGGUCCAAUAAUGAAAAUAAAGUGAUGGUGAGAGAGAUAAACUUCUCGUGAACGCACGUGUCAUGUUUUAUAUUUUUAGAGUCAAAAAUGUGGUCACACGAGCGAGUUUAAAAUGUGUUGCACCUCAGCUGUUUCCAGAAAUUUCUCCUCUCUGCUUACAUGGGAGUGAAUGAGAAAAAAAAUCGGCGCUCACUUCGCUUUGGAGCCGCUCAGCAAAAAUGUGUACGUGUGACAGAUUCCAUGUCAACAUUUCUCUGACCAGGACAAAUUUUCCUACGUUUUUUGGUAUAAAUUGUGUAUGUACAGUGAAAAUUGUGGCCGUAUGAGUGAGUUGAAGAGAAAAUUUCUCGAUGAGUUUACAGCUGCUCUCCACUCUAGUGAUGACAUCACUCACUCUAGCUCACACAAUACACACCCAUUAUAAAGUCUGAGAAGGGCUGAAAACUUCAUGUAUUUUAAAUUGACUUUGUAGAAAAACUAAAAGAGAUAUUGAAAAUUUGAAUUAGUUCCUGAAAGUCGACGGCAGCGUGAACGUUUGAGAGUUGGAAUGGAGUUUCUACGUCAAUGUAUGAAUUUGUGAUGCGUGGGUGAAGAUGAGUGAGUUUGAAGGAUUUUCUCAUUGACUUCCAUUAUAACAAAGUUUCAGAAAACGCUGAAUAUUUUUGAAAGUUUGAAUGGGAUUGAAAAGUUGAAUCAUAUGUAAAAAGUCAGCAAAAUGAUGAGUAUUUUCCAUUUUGAAUGGAGCUUCUAGCUGAAAGUAUGAAUCGGUAGAUACAGUUUGAAAAAAGGUGAAAUUUUUAGAUUUUUGAGGAUUCCGUAAUGCAUUCCCAAUGGGAAAAGGAUUUGGGAAAAAUGGGGAAUAUCUGGGAAAGUAUGAAUGUUAGGAACGUGAAGAGUCGUUCCGGUCUUGUCCUAAUUCAGCUGAAUGUUUUCAUGUUUGAAUGGUUUGAAUCGGUUGAAGUUUGUGGAACCUGUAGCGGUCCAACCGUUUUCGUUCCAUUGGAUUUAAUAGGAUUCACGCAUUCACACAUUGGGCGUGUGAAUGCGUGAAUCAAAUGUCUGUCUGUGUUUAUUUUUAUAAACCUUUCAAGACCUUAAUUUCUUUCUCCACAAAUUAAAAAACUUGAAAGAACUGUCAGGACCUGUGGGAACCCUCUCUGGAAUAGCCCCGCCCACUUUUAAAUUCUAUGUGGAGGGGAUGGGGGGGGGCGGGGCCAUCAGUGUUCUAAAGCCUUUAUGACAGUUCGGCGCACGGAACACAAACUCUGAAACAGCCCACGAGAUCACAUAAUUACAGUCACGUAAUUAGUGUUGCGUAUUGAGUCUUUUACACAGACGAACUUACACACACAGUGAUUAUUCCUGAGAGAAGCAGUCUGUUGGCCAUCAAUACAGAUAGCGAUGGAUAGAAAAACUAACAACAGACAGAGACCAGCUGGUGAAGCUGUCGGCCGUCGUGGACCAGUGGGUGAAGCUCCGGGCCGCCGUGGACCAGCUGGUGAAGUUGCCGGCUGUCGUGGACCAGCGGGUGAAGCGACAGGCCGCCGUGAACCAGCGGGUGAAGCUGCUGGCCGCCGUGAACCAGCGGGUGAAGCUGCGGGCCGUCGUGGACCAGCGGGUGAAGCUGCUGGCCGUCGUGGACCUCCACAACGCCCUCCCCAACGCCCUCCCCAACGCCCUCCCCACCACCGCCACCAUCAGCACAACGAUGGUGCUUGGGGAAACCUUGAGGACGAGGAACGCCAUAAUUUCCUCAUGAUCAUAAAGGAGAAGAUAGACCACAUCAAGCGUCUCGAGGAGCAGCUCGAGACCAAAGGCAAGCAGUCCAGCUCUGGCUGCAACAAACAAGCUGAGAGAGUCGGUCAGCUGGAAAAAGAGAACCACCAGCUCACAUUGGCUCUCCAGCGCCAAGAGAAGGAGAGCAAGCAGCGAUAUGAGGAAAUGGUCGCCAAGUAUGAGGCCUCCAACCAUGCCAUCCAGAGCCAGGUACAAAGUAAGUACCAGCAGAAGGAAGCCCUGAUGGAAAAGAAAAUACAUCAGAUGAGCGCUGACCUGCUGAAAAUGCGAGAGGAGCAACACAGUCUCCUCCUAACACUGGCAGAUGCACACGCAGCUGCUGUCCAGCAGAGCGAAGAAGACUGGCAGGAGAAAUAUGAAGCGCUGAGUAAGAAAAUGGAGGAAAACACCACGAGAUGUGAGACGCAGGAGAAAGAACUGACCAUCAAGGUCUCUCUGAUGGAAGAGCAAAUUCAUCAGAGAGACCUUGAGAUCAGCCGUCUCACCAAGGACAACGACUGUCUCACUAAAAAACUUGCGGAGACAGAACAAGAGCUGACCAAGAGAGCUGCUGAACUCCCCCAGAGCCAGACAGCCUGGGAGGAGAAACUCCAGGCUCUGAGUGAGAAAAUGGAGGAAAACACCGACAGAUGUGAGACGCAGGAGAAAGAAUUCAACAUCAAGGUCUCUCUGAUGGAAGAGCAAAUUCAUCAGAGAGACCUUGAGAUCAGCCGUCUCACCGAGGACAAAAACUGUCUCGCUAAAAAACUUGCGGAGACAGAACAAGAGCUGACCUGUAAAGCUGCUGAACUCCCCCAGAGCCAGACAGCCUGGGAGGAGAAACUCCAGGCUCUCAAGGACAACAAAGAGGCUGAAGAAAAAGAGCAGAGCUGGCAGUUACAGCAGACUGAAGUUAGGGUCAAGGUUGAGGCGGAAAUCAGCAAAAGAGACGCUGAGAUCCUGCGUCUCACAGAGGACAACGCUAGCCUCAUUCAGCAGCUCUCUAAGACAGCAGAAGAGCUGAGCGGAAAAGUCGCCGAACUCCUCCAGAGCCAGACAGCCUGUCAGGAUACGAACACCGCUCUGGAGAACAUCACAAGGCACCUGGCUGAGAAACAGCUGAGCUGGGAAAGAGAGAUGGCACAGCUGAUGGAUGAGAAGGUGGAACUGGAGGACCUCUGCUUGUAUAUUAACAGCAAGAGGAAACGCUUCUUGCUGUUUCCACGGAGGUCGUCUGACAACAGAGAGACCCUGCUGCAACAACUGAAAACCAAGAUGCAGCAGAAGGCAGCAAAAGGAGCAAGAGGAGCUGAGAAGAUGGAGGAAGAAAUGGAGGCUGCCGAUUGUUCAGCUCAGGCUGGGCAACAGUAGCUCCCAUAGCUUCUUCCAUUUAUGUGGGGUUUUCUCCUGGUACGCAGGUUCGCCCGUCUGUGUUAAUCACAUUAAAAAAAAAAGCUCUAGAGGUUACAACAAACUAGAGCAGACAAGAAGGAGGCAAUUGUUGCUCAGCUCAUGCUGGGCAACAAUUGCCUCCCAGAGAUGUCUGUGUCCCAGUCAUCAAGGUAACGAAUGGUACUCAUAAGUGCUAUAUCGUAGGCAAAGGGACACAGGCAAAUCCAUUUGCCUACGAUAUAGCACUGACAGAGAUGAUUACAUCUCCUCGGGUUUUUUCCUGGUCCUCAGGUUUUUCCCGCCAAUGUCAAUCACAUUGGGAAAAAAAAAAGCUCUAGAGGUUACAACAAACUAGAGCAGACAAGAAGGAGGCAAUUGUUGCUCAGCUCAUGCUGGGCAACAAUUGCCUCCCAGAGAUGUCUGUGUCCCAGUCAUCAAGGUAACGAAUGGUACUCAUAAGUGCUAUAUCGUAGGCAAAGGGACACAGGCAAAUCCAUUUGCCUACGAUAUAGCACUGACAGAGAUGAUUACAUCUCCUCGGGUUUUUUCCUGGUCCUCAGGUUUUUCCCGCCAAUGUCAAUCACAUUGGAAAAAAAAAAAAUGUUCUACAGGUUACAACAAACUAGAGCAGACAAGAAGGAGGCAAUUGUUGCUCAGCUCAUGCUGGGCAACAAUUGCCUCCCAGAGAUGUCUGUGUCCCAGUCAUCAAGGUAACGAAUGGUACUCAUAAGUGCUAUAUCGUAGGCAAAGGGACACAGGCAAAUCCAUUUGCCUACGAUAUAGCACUGACAGAGAUGAUUACAUCCCCUCGGGUUUUUUCCUGGUCCUCAGGUUUUUCCCGCCAAUGUCGAUCACAUUGGGAAAAAAAAAAGCUCUAGAGGUUACAACAAACUAGAGCAGACAAGAAGGAGGCAAUUGUUGCUCAGCUCAUGCUGGGCAACAAUUGCCUCCCAGAGAUGUCUGUGUCCCAGGUAAUGGUACUCAUAAGUGCUAUAUCGUAGGCAAAGGGACACAGGCAAAUUCAUUUGCCUACGAUAUAGCACUGACAGAGAUGAUUACAUCUCCUCGGGUUUUUUCCUGGUCCUCAGGUUUUUCCCGCCAAUGUCGAUCACAUUAGACUAAACCAUCAUUAGUCCGAAUAAAAUGACAACAAAUUGGAAUUCAAUGUUUCUGUGUCUCUGAAUGAAAACAAACAGCAUAAAUACAAUGUUAUGACAUUAUGGAAGGUAAAAGGUGUAAGAGCUGGUAUCUGUUGAAGUUAUGAUUUAAACACCUCUGAAACUGAUGAAUGAAACUAAUCAAUGCAAUAGAAGACGUUCCAAAUGGUAUUUAAGUGUUGGUGGAGCGUAACACAUAAGUGUUUGAAAUAUUUCUGAUCUUUUUUAAUGAACCAAAGUUGCUGGAGGACAGAAUGUUACCUCCUUCCUCAGCAGGAGGAUUGUGUCUGUCUUUGACACCGACUCCCAAACUGAUGUAUGAACCAAGCUGUGACCUUGUGUAUCAUUACAUGUACCUAGCAUCCAAG